GUGCGGACGCCGAGCACCGAGAGGCUUCCCGACAGUUCCAAGCUGGUCUGGCGAACCAGCGCUGGGCCCAGGUUCUUGCAAAUGUGCUCGCGACAGCGCAGGAGACAGAAGCUCUAGAGCGUCUUGAGCUGCGCGAGGCCGACCCUGCCGAAGGCAUGGAUGGCUUGAAGCGUGACCUCGCGGCGAUGUUUGUGUCACUUCUGGUUCCGCCCGAACAGUGGUGUGGUGUCCUGAGCAACAACGAGGACGAAGCUGCGCUUGCCUUUGAGACCUUGAAGGGCGAUGCGAUUGCU